CCCCGGUCUCUUCACCCUUCCCUGCUGUGGAGUGGGGGAAAACCUCUGAUGGGUCGUUGGAGGCAUAGGUUGGAGUUCAAUUCUUCCUUCUGAUUCCCAAAUCCAUAAAUUCCAGAAUAUUCUGACCAUUAUAUUAAUCGAAACAAUAACAACUGAAUAUUCAUGAUGAAUAUUUUUUGACUGGAAAAAAAAAGAGACCGUAUUCACUAACUUUGGCGCGAAAAGCUAUGAGAAUUGAAGGGCCCUAUGAUUACGAUAACACACCGAUGUGCCAAAACGCGAUCGGAGCUACAAAACUGCAGUCUUUCACCGCCGCCGAAGCAGAUAACUCGCCGCAGGAGAAGAAUUCUUUCGACAGCCCCGGGGAAGAGCUUCUCGCGCCGCCACUGAAUUUUUCUAUGGUUGAUUAUGGUGUUUUCCGGUCCGGUUUUCCAGAGCCUGCUAACUUCUCCUUCUUGCGAACCCUAGGCCUCCGUUCAAUUAUAUACUUGUGUCCAGAGCCGUAUCCUGUGGCGAAUGCGGAGUUUCUGAAAGCCAACGGAAUUCGGCUUUUUCAGUUCGGCAUUGAAGGAUCAAAGGAACCAUUUGUAAACAUCCCUGAGGAUUCGAUUCGUGAAGCAUUGGAAAUUGUCUUAGAUGAAAAGAACCGGCCCCUCCUAAUACAUUGCAAACGUGGGAAGCACCGAACUGGAUGUCUUGUUGGAUGCUUGAGAAAACUUCAAAGAUGGUGCUUAACUUCUAUUUUUUACGAGUACCAGAGGUUUGCUGCUGACAAAGCCAGAGUUUCGGACCAGAGAUUCAUUGAAUUAUUCGAAAUCUCCAGCUUGAAGGAAUCAUGCGUACCUGUUUCAUGUUCUAAGGGUCAAUAAUUAGUGGAAAAAUGCCCUUCAGAAACGCAUUGUUGCUUGAAUUCCUUCUCCGUCAAGUGCAGGAAAUAUUUUGCCUCAUUUCACGCAUUAGUACAUUUUGCCUGGACUCAUCUUUAUUUUAAGUGCAAGCCAAAAAAUUUGAAGUUCAUCAUCGUUCUUAAAGGGGGUCGGUCAUCUUUAUUUCACUGAUUGCGUAGGUGUUUCCUUCCGUUUGUAUUAAAACAACAUUUUUAAUCUUGAAGCUUUCUUUAUCUGUCAGAAA